AUGGACGGCGACACGCGCAGGUACGGCGUGCUUGGCGGCAGGUUGCGCAGGUCCGCGUUGGGGCCCGAGAUGCGCGCCCAGUCGAGCGGCGAGUGGCCCGGUGCGAGGGCUACGAGGCGGGACCGGGAGGGUGCGGGCGCGUUGGUAUGCGUCGGCGGUGGGGCGAGCGAGGAAGAUCCCGGCGGGCCGCGGCUGGGGAUCGGCAGCGUCGAGCGCGACAGCGAGGAUGCCGACGGCGAGGAUUGCGUCAGUGGCGGGAGGCGAGGCGGCUGUGGUGCACCGAGGGAGCGUCGCGCCGGCGGAGGCGCCAUUGCGCCCGGCCGUGGAGGGGGUGCCAUUGUCCCUGGGCGCGGGGGCGGCGCCAUGAGGCCCGGUUGGGGGAGUUUGUUCGGUGCGGAUAGCGAGGGUGCCGCGGGAGAAAGGGAGAAGCUCGGAACAGGUGCCGCAGCGGUUGCCGGCGCUGCCGAGGCCUUGGGCGUGGUCGCUACAUCGUCUUCCUCUGUGUCCUUGCUUGCAGUUAUCGAUGGUGGUGAUUUUGGCACAUCCUUUGUCUUUUCGAUUGGUGCAUCACCCAGCUGCGGUGGUUUUGGUGACGCCGCCUCCUUUACGAGCGGAACUGUGCUCUCGUCGCCGGGAUUCCGCUUCUCAUCGGUCUUCCGCUCCGCGUUCGGAGACGGCGGCAGCUGUGGGGUGGCCAGCCAUAACGACCGGAGAUAG